AUGAACACUAGAAGAACUGAGUUAGUAAUCAGAAGAGAGGAAAUUACUGCUGCAGCUGCACUGCUGAUGCCUAUUCUACAGAAGGAGCAAUUCUUGACUUGUCUUUAUUUGGAAUCUACAAUCAUACUCAAUCUCAAGAUGGAAUAUCAGAUGAAGGCUAUUAAGCUGAUCAAAGGCCAAAAAUUCAACUAUUUCAGGACAACCUGCUUUGUAGUAGAGAAUUUCGAGAAGAUCACCCCUCGCACUUUCAAAUUGGUGGUUGAUAGCUUAAUUUCGAAAGUGAUCAAGAUUGUUUUGGUCAACAAUGACUCCUGAAGAAAGCGGAAUUUGCACAAAUUCAUUCCAUCCAUUUGUAAAGCAAUUGAAGGUAGAGAAGGAAUCCUGAAUAUCCAUAACUUCAAAAUAUCCAGGAAAUCACUUCAAAGAUUGAUCACAAGUGCAAGGAGCUUGGAAUCUAUCAGUCUGAAUAACUGAGAGGUAGAAUUUGAUGGGAUGAAAUUUCAUCCCAGAACUAAUUUCCAGAUAAAGAAGAUAGAAAUAUCAAAUUGCAUUUCAAAAGACCGCCCAGACUCUGAAAUUUGUCCAUCAGAUGUUGAUUCUUUAUUCACCUGCAUCAAUGAGUGCUCUCUCAGCUACUGUUUGGACUCUCUCAGUGUUACUUAUGUCUAAGCUCGCUCGUCUACCACCAAAUUUGGAAUUUAGGCCUUAAUAUAAGCAUGCUAGGCCUCAUGCUUGGAUCCUUGCUUCCACCAAUGUUGGC